AUGAGAGCUUGUCUUUCAGCGAAAGCCUUUUCCGUUAAUGAAGCCGGGGACUGGUAUUUGAUCAGAAUGUCGCGGUCUAAUGUGUUUGCAGAAUGGGCGGAACUGCUUCGGAAUCAGCCAAAAGUUAAUUUUCCCUCGCGCGCAGUGCAAAAUAAGCGCUUUCUCAGCGCACAGGAAGUCACUUUCUAG